CUAAGCUAAUUCUGCCAACAUGCAUGUCUUAAUACAAUGUAAAUAGCAUACAGAACACAAUUUUGCUCCGAUUUUAUCAUGAUUAUCAGAAAAAGGAGAGUUUUUGCCGUUGCUUUGAUAGUGAUAUGGCUUUUAGGAAUACUGUAUUUCACAUCGGAUUCGGGGUUAUUACGGAGCGAGCCGCCAAAGGUACUGUAAGAAUUCGUAUUGUUCCUUGGUUUGUGCGAGGUUGUGUAUUUUAAAAUGUUUGUGCUACUAUAAGAUAACGUUCUUUAACCAAUCCAUGGAAAUGCAUUGCCCCUUGAAAUGGUUUUGAUAACGGGAAGAGGUGAUAGCUCUCUUUGGAGGUAUUAUUAGCCAAUGAGAAUCAUCAUCAAUUGAACAAUGAGUAACCGAGGAGAUCUUCUUAAAUGACAAAGAUAUCCAUUGAAUUUUAUCAUUUUCAUUUUCCCAUCUCAGUGGGAAAGCUGUUAGGAUUCUAUAAAUUAUUGACUGUUUUUCUUUAAGAUACUUCAUUCCUCUCUAGAACCUACAAUUUUUUUCUAUUUCUGAGGACAGAUUUUAUUUGUACGAAUCGUCGAUUGAACUUGAAAGGGGAUAAAUUAUAUUUGCAAAGUAUAAUGAUGGCGAACAAAAUUUUGGAAAAUUUCUGAGAAACCUCACAAAACGAAUUCGUACCAUCAGAUGCUCACAGUGUAAAUAAAUAACACUCUGACUGGUGCCUUCAGGCAAAGUCCUCUCCCACCAACCGAUAAAAUAAUGUUUGCAUAUUACUCCAAUUUGGAAAGACUAAAAUAAAAUGGAACAAUUUAUUAUAAUAGAUUCAGACUGUAGAAUAAAACUGCUACUGAAAUCCCCGAUGAAAUUUGAGGUGAAUCAUUCUAACUAUUCAAUUUAAUGCCAAGAAGGAAAUUACCACUCAUUUCCUACUAAAAACAACUUUUGUUUCAGAUCUACCCACAAUUAAAUAGAAAUAUCCCUGUAACAACACAUAUCCUAAGCAAUGAAAAUACUGUAUGUAUAUCCAAAUUGUAAUAGAUCAAAAACCUAUCAUUUACUGCAUCAGUAAACCUCUGGUUAUUUUAUGAAAGUGAUAGACUGCACACUCUGUUACUUUACAGCAUAAUAACCUAUACAGGAUGUUAGGAGAACACAAGAAGAGUUUUUAAAACACUUGUUUCCAUCUUGUCAUUUACCAACUUUUCUUGUGUUCUGAGUCACAACACCCUGCAUGGGUUAUUAUGCCAGUAGAGCAAUAGAAAGUGUGGACUAUUUGCUUAUUAUAACAGUUCCAAUGAAAAUUGCAUCCUAGAUUCUUGGUAGGUCAUUACUAACAUAAUCAUCAUUAUUGUCAUCUUCAUCACCAUUGGUUUUAUUAUCCUUGUCAUUAACAUUAUUGUUGUUACUAUUUUCAAGAUUCUCAUUAAAUUUUUUUGUAAUUGUCAGACAUACUGUAGUUCAAGAGUAAUUUUGCACCUGCAUGUAUAAGACAGCUUAUGUACAGAGUUUAACUGAUUCACAAUGAUAUACUUUCUGAUGUUUUACUGUAUAUGUGAACAGUGCUAUUUAUUGAGAUUUUUUCACUUCAUUUCACUUCAUUUUACUUGGAUUUUCUCAAAAAGUUCUAAAAUUUCCAGAAAUGGCAAAGGGUGUCCAAUUUGUGACUUCCAAAGGUUGAUACUUAAAAAAGCAUAUGAUAUACAUGUACAUACAGUAAAUUAGGAAUUAUAAAACAAAUGAAACAGGAAACCAUGUAAUGCAUAAUUGUUUUUCUUUAUCUUCAUCUGUCAAUAUGAUGUUGAUGACCUUUUCUGGAUUAACCUGGCUACUUAAAGAAACUUCCUCUCAAUGCAUCAGUUCAAUAAUAUUCUGGGAGGUGUCAAGACUUCCUCAAAAUUAAAUAGAGGAUAUUUCAUGGCCAUGUAGAGACACAAAAUUUCUCUUUGAGUGCUGACAAAUAUUUCACAAGUGAGAGCAGGGAAAGAGUGAAGUGUUUUUUCAACAUUAGAAGAGAAAUUUUGUAUCUCCAAGUGACCAUGUAAUGUUGUAUUUAUUAUAUAAACACCUGUCCAAUGUAAAACCAAACCAUCUAACUUUUGCAGCAAAAGGAGUGAUUUAUUAUAUAAUCAUUGUCAGUAACAAUUUCAGGAAUGCCUCUGGGGCAAUAGAAGUUUAUUAUCCCAAAGUCACAAUCACAAAUUUCCUUACUAGUAGUUAACUUGUGGGAGUAAAUGGGGUGAAAGAUAAACUUAAAAUUCCUAAGUUUUGAUCAUGACUUCUGACUCUUUUCCUGUGAAAUUGACUUUAAUAAAUGUUUUGUUUUUCCUUUUUUAUCUUAAAUAUUUAAUCCACAGUAUAUUCACAAGGAAGUAGGAGUGGAAAGACCAGCCUUUGAUGAAGAGGCUUAUCUGAAAGGUGGAGCACUGAAGGAUGGAGAAGAUAAAUAUAAUAGGAAUCAAUUUAAUCAAGCCGCAAGUGAUGCUAUUGGGGGAGAUAGAACAGUUCCAGAUACUAGACAUUCACAGUAAGUGAAUAAUGACCUAAGUAAGGACUUAUUGCCUUUUACCAGGAGAAUUUUUUUCUCAGAAUCAGUUUUCAUGUCAUUUAGCCAGAAAGGUUGAACAAGUCCUUUUCAUUUAGGCAGCUUUCAGCUGGAACAUUUUGAACUUGGUUUUAACAAAACUGUGAUUUUCUCUCCUAUGCAAAUUUAUCCUAAAAAUUCCACGGACUCUUGUGAAACAACUCUUCCUAUUCCACUCUGAAUUAGCAUUUUGAUUGGUCAAAAACUUGGUUACAUAUAAAUGUUGUAAUGAUAGUUGUUUCGGUUGAAUCUGUGAUAAUGCAGGAAGUGAUAUAUUUGGUUUCAAAUCCCUCUGUUAAAAAUAGACUCAAUCUCCAGUAUAAUUUUGAGAAUCAGGCUGGCAACUUCCCUUAUCUUUUCAUUAGUUUUGGAUUUUCAUCAUCAUAUCUAACUUUGUAAUAUAACUGAUAUUUUUACCAAAUACAUGCAAACUUGGCAGUGAGACUUAAUGUGACUGAACAAUAUAAUGAUUGGUGAAUCAUUUGAGGCUUAACUUAUUUAGACCUUAAGUUUACACUAAGCAGUGGAAGUGACUGCACAAACAUGUAUAUACAGUUUAUUAUGAUUUGCAGUUCUUGGUCUUGCUAGUCAGUGGAUUGAUUUUCUCUAUACAGUUCUUUUCCUUUAACCAAAAUUUUCUUAUUUGAUCAUUGUCCCUUGAACUCCCAUGAGUGACGAAGACAGAAUUUCUCCUUACAAUAUCAAUACAAUAUCAAACAGAUAAGUGAUGAGAAUAAAGAAAAAUAUAAAUUUGGGGAUAAUUAGUUGACUCAAUACUUAAAUUCUCUAAAAUAACAUGAGAAGAAUUGUAUGGUUGACAGAAAGGAGAAAUACAAAUUUGAUCUGGGAGUUAAAUGGUUAAAGCAGUGAAUUACAGCUACAAUGUACAUACACUGUACAUGACUGUAUAAAAUGUGAAAGCUACUGACAUUUUUGACUCUGUGCAUGUGGUGUUAAAAGUAGUGGAGCCAAAUCGUUUUUACUAAUUAUCACUAUUCCAUAUUAUAAUGUACAUGUACAAUUCAUUUCUAAUUUGCUUUUAAUUUUGUUUUCAUUUCAGAUGUAGAUAUAAAGAAUAUUCUAAAGAACUACCUGCAACAACUGUUAUAAUAACAUUUCACAAUGAGGGAAGAUCAACCCUUCUUAGAACUGUUAAAAGGUGAGGUUUUUUAAUCAUAAAUAAAACAAAUUACAGUAAUACAUACAUGUGUGUAUUACAAGGUGUGUCUAUAAGGGAGGUACACCAAGCUAUUCCAGCUGAGAACACCAUCAACAGAACUAUAGUGUACAUGUAAAAACACAACACAUGUUUUGUAUUAUGACUGGGUGGAUGUGUCCCAUGGGAAAAUAUUUGGUUAGAGGUCAUGUGCAGACCAAGUGCAGUGAAGUUUGUACAUGUAGAUCACCACUGCUAGCCAAGUAUUUUUCUUUUGGCCCUGACCUAACUCAGUCAAUAAGCAUUUAAGGAAUGACAACCAAUCUUUCUCUUUCCUGUCUUGUAUGACCCCUCAGUUUUUUGCCACCCUACACAUACUUGCCCCAUUUUCAGUGUAGAACCCUAACAGGGUUUCUGAUAAAGCACAAAUGAUGCUGCUUCAUACAAAAAAUAGAGAAAAAUACAGUUACAUGGCCACACAGAGAUAUGGAAUUUCUCUUUGAGUGUUCAAGUGGAUAUUUCAUGAGUGUCAGCACAGCAAACAAGUGAGAUACAUUGGUGUCACAAGUGGAACUCACAAAAAGAAAUUCUAUAUCUAUACUGUACAAGCAACUAUUAUUUUGUUUAUCAUAUAAACACCAUUAGCCUUAACUGACUUCAAAUAUUCAACGAUCUACCUUAGAAUUAUUAAUGCUUUGUCAUUCCUUUGUCAACCUGACCUAGUGGCGCAAAAGGCAGCAGCUUAUAGGCAAUAUCAAACACACUUAAAAAAAAUACCUUAAUUUUACACCUGUGCAAUUAUGGCUAUUCUCAGGGCUGGAAAUCCUUGUAAAAAGCACAAUUUAGAUUAAUAAUAAAAAGUAAUAACAAACCCCAACUGGUAGAGGUAAACCAGUUGGCUGUUUACAAAGGUGGAUGAGGAGCUGAAACUGGCAGUCCAGCUGGAAAAAAAAAUAGCCAAUGUUUGGAAAGCAGGACUGGAAACCAGAAUGAGCAGACAGUCCAUUUAGCAUUGAGGUUGUAACUGAGCUAAACAUAGAUCAAGAAUAUGGGGAAAUUACUUGAUAGGAUUUAUUAGAAUUCAGUUUUUUUUUUUUUUUUUCCAUUUCGUUUCAGUAUAUUAAAUAAGAGUCCACCGAGUCUCAUCACAGAAAUAAUAUUAGUAGAUGACUUCAGUGACAAUGGUAAGUGGACUAUAAUUAUAUAAAAGUUCCCUGACUACAAAAGCUGACAUGCACUGUAGAAGCAAUGUAAAGAAAUUUGUUUUGGUUAGAACUUUGAAUAGUGUCUAAAAUUGUUAUCAUGCAUGAUCAUAUGCCAGUAGUAUUACACUAAAUUGGCUGUCAUAUAUUUUAUUUUCAUCACUAAUUAAUUUUAUUUGCUUUUUUGGCUUACAGUUGAUGAUGGUCAGCUCUUGUUAGGGCUUCCAAAGGUCAAAGUUCUUAGAAAUGACAAAAGAGAAGGUGCACUGAAUUUUAGAUUUUAACCUAUACAUAAAGUGCAAAGCCCAUCCAGUUCUAUUUAACACAUGUACACCUUUUGGACUGAGUCAAGUCUACUGUUUUCAGAGAGAAAAUUGACAAGGCCAAGUCAUGUUUGAUCAAUUGGAUUUGAUGUUUCACACUGGAAAAAGUAUAAAAUCAAAAAUUCAACUCAAUUAAAUCUUACUCUAAAAGUUGUGAAUUUGAAACUAAAUUAGCCAUUCCUUGUUAUAAAAGAUGGGUGAUUUGGAAAGUGGGGAGUAUUUAACUUAACAUGCGGAUCACAAUAAAGAGCAAGUCAACUUGAGUGUUGUGGUCAAUUCUCUUCAGGAAUUAUAAAAUGCUGUUUCUUUAUUCACUAAAAGAAAACCCCAGGGCGUCUUUGUUAACUUACUUGAAUGAGGCUCUGACAUUUUUUUCCAGGGUUAAUACGAUCUCGUGUUAAAGGAGCAAAUGCUGCCACCAGCACUAUAUUAACAUUUCUUGACAGCCACUGUGAGUGUAAUGUUGGCUGGUUAGAGCCUCUAUUACAGAGAAUUGUAGAGGUAAGAAUACAUCUUUUGCUGAGAAUAUAUCGGUGCCUCCUGACCCCGCCCUGCUCCUUGACCCUUAUACUUGAUACGUUCCACUGGCUUUGGAGAUGCUCUUCCACGUACGCCUUGGGUGAAAUUCUCAGUGAAAGGGUUAAAUCCUCUUGACUCGAAUACAACCUGAAUGAGCAAUCAGGAAACGCUGGGAAGACAAAAAGGAUAAUUAGUGUCGCUGCUAUAAUCUUGGUCAAAGCUGAAAGACAUUUUCACUCCUUUGAUAUGUAGGCCUCUUUUAUUCAUAGUGUCGGCUAAACACUCAGUCAGCGAUGAAAAGGAAAAAGAAGUGUGAAAUAAAAUGCUGGUUUUAACGGAAACGGCUACCGCCAAGUUUUUUGGGCGCGUUUUUUUCUCUUUUUCACUGGCUUGAGCUUGGGGUAGAAUAAUGAUACAGUAUAAAUCAUUAAAGAGUGUUUGUGAUUAUUAUUAUAUUAUUGCAAUAUUGAUUACUUUUUUUUCAGUCACGCGGAUUUGGUGUGAGUGUCUUUAUCACUACUCGUUAGCUUCACUUUUUUUUUCUAUCCUUUCCCUUUUUCAGGAUAGAACAGUUGUAGUUAGUCCAAUUAUUGACGUAAUCAACAUGGAUGAUUUUAAUUACCUUGGAGCUUCAGCAGACAUUAAGGGAGGUGAGGUUUCAUCGGCUUAAAAUACAAAUAAUUUUAUACUGUAAUGUGAUGUGACUUCAGAUAUAGAGUGUGUGAUGUGACGUGACGUGAAUUAACUGAACGUUACGUGACGUGACGUAUUUUUGGUGCGAUGUGAGGUGUUAUGGUUGGAUGGAAAGGGAUUAGAGGUGAUAUAACGUGAACUGAGAAACGAGAUUUGACAUAACAUGAAGAUAAAUGGUGUAGUAUGCCAUUACGUGACAGCGAUUGAUCGCAAGUUGUUUAGAGUGUGUAUUCAAUCUGAUUUUUGAAACAAAUGAUGCAUUUUACAUACUUGUCGUAUACUUACAAUUUGGUGCCAUUCCUUCUAAAUUUAUUAACUCAGUAGUUCAUUUAUGACUUUUUUUUUCAGGAUUUGAUUGGAGUCUACAUUUUAAGUGGGACAGCUUAACAACGAAAGAGAAACAAGCGAGAAAAAAAAAUCCAGUGGCACCAAUUAGGUACAUAACAGCACAUGUAAUCCAAGCCAUAAUGUACAUGGCGUUUGUUUGCUGUAUGCAGUCUGCGUGACCUUUGGUUGUGCAAUUUUGUUGCGUUACAUGUGAUGAUAAACGUAUCUGCAUAUAAGACACUUUCCUUUACAGAGCGUCACGUAACGCUCACUUCGAAAUAAGCAGAGAGAGCGGAGUAGUGGUGCGUGACAUUUUAAAGGCCUUCUCUUCUGGAGACUUCAUAUAAAACUUUCUUGUGUAACUGCCACAGCUACCUUGUUUUCUGUGACAUCAAAUGAUAUGAAUUAUUUUUACUCCCCCUGGAUGGGAUGCUAGCUAGCGUGACAUUUCGCCGGUAUCAAUUAUAUUUUUGUUAAUUAGUAUAUUCCACACAGAUGAAUAGUGCUUUUCGUGCGCGCUGAUUGGCUGGUUCGGAAGUAGCAGCCGAUGAGACAAAAUCACGACCAAAAUUUCCGACUAUUUUUCGGUUUAGUUAAAGAAGUAAACUAUUUUUUUUCUUUUCUUUUUGUCUAUCUGCGGUGUAUACUGAAACAAUUAUUCACCUCAGUGUCGGCAGAUAUCUACCCCUAUUCACCUCCACUUCGGUGGAUAAUUGUUAAUUAUUGUGUUGUCUUCAGAACACCGAUGAUAGCUGGUGGCUUAUUUGUGGUGGAGAAAGCCUGGUUCGAGAAAUUAGGGCAGUAUGACGUCAUGAUGGACAUCUGGGGCGGAGAAAACUUUGGUAAGUGGGUCAACUGUUGACUAAAAGUGUAGAUGUAUUUUAAAUAAAAGAGGAAAAGUGGGGAAAAUAACAGUAAAUGCAUCUUACUGUCCAUCGGCUUUAGAGUCUUUCAGGUCUGUGAUAGCAAUAAUGAGAUCGUUUUUUUUUUCGUUUCUGACAGAAAUCUCCUUCAGGACAUGGCAAUGUGGAGGAAGCAUGGAAAUCAUUCCUUGUUCAAGAGUUGGUCACGUGUUCAGAAAAAGACAUCCCUAUUCAUUUCCUGAUGGAAAUGCCAACACUUACAUGAAGUAGGUUAUGGUGGCGCGUUACGUCACACUCUUGCCUUUUAAAGUUCUAUCUUGAAAGUUACUGUGUAAUCCAAAAGGGAUUUUUAACCCUUUACACCCUUAGAUUAAUAUCCAUAUUCUCCACACUUUCCUCUUUACAUUUGCUAUGGUAUUGACAAGGAGAUAUUUCAUUGACAAUCGGGAUCUUUCAGUGAAAGUUUUUCACGCAGGCUAUUCAUGUCUAUGUAGGAAUACCCGCCGAACGGCUGAGGUUUGGAUGGACGAGUACAAGAGAUUCUAUUAUGCUGCACGUCCCAUGGCGCGGAGUGCCAAUUAUGGAAGGUAAAGAAAUUUUGAACAGAAGAGCAGGACAUCAGUUGAUCAGUUAAGAGGUGUAACAACCCACGCGGGUUGAUGGGAGAACACGAGAAAUGUUUGUAAAUCACGAGUGAUUAACAAACUUUUCGAGUGCGGUCUAUUGCUUUGUAAAACAACGAAGGGUUUUACUGGUACGAUAAACGAGAGGUUUUUGACCAAUCAGGAUCCUCGUAGUGUCUCAGUUAUUUUGUAGAAAUUAAAUGCUCGUCUCUGAAUGGAUGAGAUAGAAAAAACUGCGUAUUGGGACGAGAGACUGAAACGCAUUCGAUUUGAACAAACCGGUGAAGGUGCUCCACGUGGCAGUUAGAGAAAAAUAUUAUCCUUGAUUUAAAAGAGGAAAGCCUAUAUUUUCCAUGUAGAAGCUAUUUUAUUGGUUUAUGUGUUACCGUAAAUGAUCGUGUGGUCUGAUCGUCCGGAUGAGGGUAGUCCUGAAAAUAAUGCUGUCGGUAGUGGUGACUGACAUUUCAAAUACCUGAGUGUAAGUCAUCCCCAAAGUCGAAUUUGUAUUUUUUGUUUGUCUGUUUGUUUUCUGUUUUUCUUUUUUUUAUUGCUUGGUGUGAUGUUUUGGUAUGAUUGGUUGUUUUCUUUGGUUGUAGUGUGAAAUCAAGAAAAGAGCUGCGGGAACGUCUAAAAUGCAAGCCAUUCAAGUGGUAUUUGGAGACUGUUUAUCCAGAUCUUCAGUACGUUCGCUUUCUUUACUAACAACCUUGCUAGCUUCUUGGUGUCUCUGAUUAUGUGAUUACGAAUUAACAAUCCUCACGCCUUUGUGCAAUAGCUAACUGACUAUAGUUUCCAUGACACUAUUAAACACCCACUAUUUAGGAUACCCUGCAUAAUACAACUUAUGUAAGCAAAAACAUCUAGCGAAAAAAGGCACCUUGAAAAUAGAAAAUCGUGGCUCAGAAAUUUCCCAAAGUCUUUUACAGUCAUGUAAUGAAGUUUUAAAAGUUGAGGGCGACGCAGCUUUUAGUUGGGAGUGACGCAACCAUACCUCAGGCUAACGGAACUUUACUUGGGAGCCACAGAACUUGGUGCGACCGUGCAAUGGGGCGACGUCAUCUACAUCCACUUUUCGGAGAGUUCUCUAAGCCAGAGCACCACUAAUAAAUCCCGAAUAAAUUUCGACUCUCAACUAUCAAACUCUCCAUUUCUGUUCUUGAUCGUAGAGUCCCUGAUUCAAAGGAUGUGUCCUUCGGGGAGUUGAAGCAAGGCAAGAAAUGUCUGGAUACACUUGGUAGCCAGGCCGGCGGCUCUAUCGGCCUAUUCGAUUGUCACGGACAGGCAGGAAAUCAGGUAUUGCGUUAUUAAAUGGCAGGACGAACACAAACACAUUUGAUAAAAUGAUGCGGAACGUCGCUUGCCUGCAACGAUUCAGUCGAGGAUAAUGAAAUAGCCAAGAGCCUCUUGUCCAUUCGAUUCUUUUAUUUAUUUAUUUUUUGUUGUUGUUGUUGUUUUUUCGUGCUCUAGGAGUGGGCUCUCACUAAAACAAGUUUAGUACGUCACCACGACAUGUGUUUGACGCUCAAAGACUCUUCGCCUGGAAGGCCAGUUGUAAUAGAAGGCUGUCGAGAUACUGACAACGAACAGGUUAGUAAUCCCCACAAUGAUUUUAUGUAGAUCUUCCUGUGAAGACAAACUGAGAACAGUCAGCCCAACCACUGAGUUGGAGGUGAAGAAUGCGAGUCCCAGACCACAUAAGCUCUGGGAAUUGAAAUAACUGAGCCAAAGUUUCCGCUGCACUUGCCACCUGCAUAUAGUUACGCGUUCUACUCAAGUUGGAUAAGGGUAAUAACCGUCGGCACAGUAUUUUCUUCACAAGAUAAAAAGGAAUUAUUUCACUGGCGAGCCUCAGCCCCAAAGAAACACCGUCAAUUUGUUGAUAUUUUUAUGCUAGGUACGCGUAUAAUUAUGUGCCGCUAGGAUGCGCUGUGAACUACACGAGACCUAAAAUGAACUAUUGAUGCAUUCGUCAGCGCGCGUUCAUCGAGAUAUACACCACGCGGAAAGAUUGAAGAUCGCUGAAGAUGCUUAACUAGGAGUUUCUCGGGGCGUAGAGAGCAGCUAUCGCUUCUUGGAACCACUGGUUUAUGACGUCGUUGACGUGUUAGUUUAAAUGUUGUUCAAAGAGAAUUCCAUCUGCUACACUUAAAUGUGUAAACGCUCGCAAUCAGUGCGCACACUGAGAAUGAAAGGUAUGCUCGCGCCAUUGAACUUCAAAAGAAAAGUUAUCAACUUUAUUGAAAAAUGACGUGAUUAUUUUGUCAAUUAGAUGUGGGAACACACCCCUAAACGCACUCUGCGCCACAGACAGUCUGGCUUGUGCCUGGACAGCAAAGACGUCAAGAGUGGUCAACACGUGACCGUAGAUAACUGUGACAUCGACAAGUAUUCCCAAAUAUGGCAAUUCUCUCUUAACAUGAACAAUUAAUUCUAAUUUCUUUCUAUGAAGUAAUUUUUUUUACGACUAAAAAACAAAAUAGUAGACAGCAGUAAAUAUUUUAUAGUAUCUGACUUCUAAUAAUUUUGUACAAGAGUAAAAAAAAAAAUAGUCUGCCAAUUUUACUUUGAUUCCAGACACUUUUGAUUAUUAACAACUAUUCACCGAAGUCGAAAUGGAUAUUACUUAGUUGCGAAGCGGUGAAGUUAAAAUCCACCGCAAGCCACUGACAUAAUAUACUAAAACAGUGAGAUAAAAUGGCACAAAAAGAAGAUUUGAACUCAUUUAUUCGUGCGACGAUUACAAUAUUUUCGGGCGCAAAUCCUGCGCUAUUGCUCGGAGGUGAAGAGGAAGGGAUAUUUGGAUUUUGAGUAGCCAAUCAGAACGUGCCUUUAUCGCUAUCCUCUGUUUUAGUAAUAUACUAACAAAGUAUAGUAUAUACUAACAAUUGCAAUGGCAUAAAGUACUUUUCUUAAACUUCUAGAACACGUGCGAUGACGUUCUGGCAAGUUUUGAGACGGUAAUCGUAGGAACCCCAUGCGCUUAACGUGAUUUGGUUAAAUAUCUUGACAUUGUCCGUGGGUUGCCACAGAGAUUGACCGAUAAAAUCAUACCUGCUAGGGCUUGGGUUUUCAUUCUUAGUUUUAUAUUUUUUUUUUUUUUACGUCACUGAUUUGUAUAUACAGCUCAAUCUUAACCAUUCGGUGAACUUCAAUUAAUCAAUCAAGUUUUCAACAGUGUUGCUUAGGUUACGUCAGCUUCCGAAAGCAUUUGCAUCAAUCUCCUCGAAGUUUUUUUUCCAUUAUUAGAAAAAUGUAUUGAACAAGAGAUAGAAUAACAAUUAACGGCUAAAAUUGAUGGUAACAAGAUUGAAUUGAGUACAAACCAGGGAGUAUUUAGGCGAAUAAUUUCAAAUCGGCCGAGCGCGAUUUGAAAUUAGCCUGCUGACUGGCAAGCUAGUCAGACAUCUUCAGUACAUCCAGUUUUUGUUUUCAAGCUGGCCCUGAGAGCUGGAAAGAUAGAACAGCCACACUGCAGAGACAAACUUCGUUCUAAUUCAUAUACUGCAGAGACAAACUUCGUUCUAAUUCAUAUACUUUAGAGAUGAAUAUCGUUUGAACUUGACAGGAAGGAUAGAGUAAAAACCUUGCCCUCCCUUUCCUAGCAAAAACUUUGGGAAUAUGAAACUUGAGCUUUUUCAUAAACACAAACAUCAGCUAAUUUAAACAAACGAGCGUGCAUGACUAUUUAUCUAUCCAUUUUGCAAUGUGAAUAGGUAGCGAAUAAUUCCUAUAGAAUAAAAUUUAGUGUACAGUUCAAUUUGAUCAAUGCUCGUAUCACCGUUGUGUUAUUAGGACGUUUUACAAAUAGGGAAUUGGGUACUGAGAUGUAAAGCAAUAAAGGUUUUUAUA